CCAUGGCAUGUCUCGUCGUCCCAAGUCAUCGUAAGCCGAAGCGAACGAGGCCGUAAGCGUGCACACUCAUACGACGCGACACGAUUCGGGAGCGCAAAGAACAGUAGUGAAUGCUUCGCCCUGUGGACAGCAACAUCGACUGGACGGUGUACCUCUACCUCACUUGCCUAGGUGGGUGACCUUGUUACCGACACUACUGACCACUAAGUUCCCGUCCCAGACAACAUUGAAGGUGUUGAUCGAAGAAGCAGCAUCUGAAACGCCAACCACAACCACAUUACUCGCCUGUAACCGUCCGACAGACCGACAGGCAGCGCAGAGAAAAGACAGCAGGAGAAGCCCGUCGUCGAGAAGGGUCAUCAGCAGGCGCAGCAGAAGAGCAAGGAGCGGCCUGACGCUGCCGCUCGUGUAGACAACAUGUCCCUACAAGGCAUGCUCAACAAGCUACAUGGCCAGCCCGAGAGUUACGAUCGCAAGUCCAAGUACAAAUUCGGGCGAACAUUGGGUGCGGGCACCUAUGGUAUUGUCAAAGAGGCCGAUGGGCCCACGGGAAAGGUCGCGGUCAAGAUUAUCCUAAAGAAGAACGUCAAGGGCAAUGAUCAGAUGGUCUAUGAUGAGUUGGAGAUGCUGCAGACGCUCCAACACCCACACAUUGUCAAGUUUGUCGACUGGUUUGAAUCGAGGGACAAAUACUACAUCGUCACACAAUUGGCCACAGGUGGAGAGCUCUUUGAUCGCAUCUGCGACAAGGGCAAGUUCACAGAAAAGGACGCUUCGCAAACGAUAAAGCAGGUCCUGGAAGCAGUGGACUAUUUGCACUCCAAAGACGUCGUGCAUCGCGAUCUCAAGCCGGAGAACCUGUUAUACCUCACCCGGGAACCAGACUCGGAUCUCGUGCUUGCCGACUUUGGCAUCGCGAAGCACUUGGACAGCCCAGAGGGCGUGCUGAAGACCAUGGCUGGCUCCUUUGGCUAUGCCGCGCCAGAAGUCAUGCUGAAGAGAGGUCAUAGUAAGCCGGUCGACAUGUGGUCACUGGGAGUCAUCACCUAUACACUUCUGUGCGGCUACUCCCCUUUCCGAUCGGAAUCACUGCAGGAUCUUAUCGAAGAGUGCAAGAAUGGACGAGUGGUCUUCCACGAUCGGUAUUGGAAGGAUGUGUCCAAAGAGGCCAAGUCAUUCAUUCUCCGACUGCUGAAGCCGGACCCACCUCAACGAGCGACGAGCAAAGAGGCGCUACAGGAUCCUUGGAUCGCUGGCAAGGUUGCUACCGAUCACAACAUCCUGCCAGAGAUCAAGGCGUACAUGGCCACUGCCAAGCUCAAGAGAGGCAUUGAGCUCGUCAAGCUCGCCAAUCGCAUCGAAGCUCUCAAGCUGCAGGAAGAUGAAGAAGAGGAGGGGCCGAAUGAUGCAGAUGUUCCUGCAGACGCUCUCGCUGCGGCCGAUCAAGCUGCACAUGCUCACUCGAGAACUGGCAGUGCCGCUUCUUCAGGUUUGGCAGUACCUGCCGGAGAGCCGCACAGGAAGCGAAGUCUUAGUAAAUUGGCGAAGAGUGCGAUCUUCAGAGAGGUCGUGCUCGCAAAAGUGCGCGAAAUGAAGGCCGAGGAGGAGAAGACCAAGACAUUAAAAGCUGCCACCUCGAAGCAGUGAACCCACAAUCAUCUCACUAGUGGCAGCUCGGUAACAGGUGGGCUCGGCAGACUGGAAGAGACGAGGAGCGGCUUGGAGUAGUCGGAAAUGGUCUUUAUGGAUGAUUAGAAGGAGUGGAAAUUGGCUGGGAACCAUUUUUUCAGCAUGAGCAUGAAUACUUCAGAACCCAUCACGACAUGAUCAUAGCAUCAGCAUUGUUUCUUUGUAACUCGCCAUACAGCGACAGUACCAGCUGUUUAGCAUCAAUAUUCCGCCUGGCUUACUCACGGAGCUCUCCAUCCUUCUCGCCAAUUUCCUCUUCGGACCAUUUUCAGCUUCAUAAUCAUCAUGCAUGAUGCGUCCUACAACGUCUUGCCCUUUCCACUCAUGUACCCAUUCCCAAAAGCCAACAAUCCCACUGUCGCCAGCACCGACAAUCCCGUCGGCAGCGGCUUGAAUCCACCUUUGAUCGCCCUGGGAAUGCUCGACCCCGCCAGGACGACGGAGGCGAGGAGUGCUGAUUCGAUUCCGUAGGAUGCGCGGUUCGAGAGACGAUAGCCGCCGAGAAGGUAGAGUGCCCCGACGGUACAGCCUGCUGUUACGGAUGGGAUGGACCCUGUACGGACGUAGCCGGUGAUUCCGCCCAUGGAGGUCAGGAGGCCGAGGAUUAUGGAGAGGGUUGAGAGGGACAUUUUGUUGGUGGUUUGAGUAGUUUGUGGAAUGGUGGGCUUGGUACUGCUGGACAUUGGCGUGUGGUAGGCAAAGAGAGAGAGAGAGAC